UCGAAUUCUAUUUUCUUAAUUAAAUCCCAGAAAAAAAAAAACAAUAAUCUCCUUUUUAAUUACAUCUCUGAUCCGGAGUUUGCAGUCACGGUCACAGUCUCUGGCCCCAUUGGUUCUCUCCAGACUGAAGAAAUCCGAAUUCCCGGGAGAGCGAGAGAGAGGAGAGAGAUGAGUGGCGGAGAAGGAGAAGGCACGACGUUGGAGUUCACGCCGACGUGGGUGGUCGCGGCCGUGUGCACAGUCAUCGUUGCCAUUUCUCUUGCGGUGGAGCGUCUUCUUCACUAUCUCGGCCAGGUCCUCAAGAGGAAGAAACAGAAACCCCUUUUCGAAGCCCUACAGAAGGUUAAAGAAGAGUUGAUGUUGUUGGGGUUCAUAUCACUGUUGCUCACAGUUUUCCAAGGUGUAAUCUCCAAAAUAUGUGUGAAAGAAGAUUUGCUUAGGCAUAUGCUUCCGUGCCAGCUUCCAAAUAGCGAAGAAGGAGGAGGUGAACAUAGUGCCACAACAACCAAACAUUUUCAGAAGUUCGCCGGUUUUCAAAUUGCCGGCAUCACCAGGCGCUUACUCGCUGAGCAUGCUGCUGCUCAAGCCGGUUACUGCGCCCAGAAGCACAAAGUGCCCUUGCUUUCAGCUGAGGCGUUGCACCAUCUACACAUCUUCAUCUUUGUGCUGGCCAUCUCCCAUGUGACUUUCUGCGUUCUUACCGUUGUUUUUGGCAGCGCAAGGAUUCAUCAAUGGAAAAAGUGGGAGGACUCUAUUGCAAACCAGGACUUUGAUCAAGAACAGGCCUUUAAGGACAAAGUCACCCAUGUUCAUCAACAUGCUUUUAUCAAAGAGCAUUUUCUUGGUUUUGGUAAAGAUUCAGCUAUCCUUGUAUGGACGCAUUCUUUUUUCAAGCAGUUCUAUGGAUCCGUGACAAAAGCAGAUUAUCUGACGUUACGCCUUGGUUUCAUUAUGAUGCAUUGCAAGGGAAACCCGAAGUUUAACUUUCACAAGUAUAUGAUACGUGCCCUGGAAGACGAUUUCAAGCGAGUUGUUGGUAUAAGUUGGUAUCUUUGGAUGUUUGUGGUUAUCUUCCUGCUGCUUAAUGUUAACGGAUGGCACACAUAUUUCUGGAUAGCGUUCAUUCCCUUUAUCCUGCUACUUGCUGUGGGAACGAAGCUGGAGCACGUGAUUGCGCAACUGGCUCACGAGGUGGCGGAGAAGCAUAUAGCAAUCGAAGGGGAGUUAGUGGUGAAGCCAUCGGAUGAGCACUUCUGGUUCGACCGUCCCCACAUCGUUCUCUUCUUGAUCCAUUUUAUCCUCUUCCAAAAUGCUUUUGAGAUUGCGUUUUUCUUCUGGAUAUGGGUUACGUACGGGUUUGAUUCUUGCAUCAUGGGACAAGUGAGAUACAUCGUACCUAGGCUUGUGAUCGGGGUCUUCAUUCAGGUGCUUUGUAGUUACAGCACUCUGCCUCUCUACGCCAUUGUCACUCAGAUGGGGAGUUCGUUUAAGAAGGCGAUAUUCGACGAGAGCAUUCAGGUGGGUCUGGUCGGGUGGGCGCAGAAAGUGAAGAACAAGAAAGGGCUGAGAGCUGCCGCCGCGACCACCACCAGCUCUCAGGCUGUUCCCGGCGGUGGAGCAGCCGCCGGUAUUCAGCUCUCGACGGCUCUAAGAAACAACAGCCACAACCCGGACGAGAUUCGCCCCUCCGGUGAACACUGACCGACAGUAUUCGGUUCGAGUUCCAGACGAUCAUUUGUAUUGUAUGUGAACGAAUGUAAUGCAUCAUCUCCCAAACUCCAUAUAUGCUGUCUUUUUAUGGUGGAUUCGGGUAUUUUGGAUCGACAUCCUGUGGAUUUAGCAAUUUUCGAAUUAUACAUUUGAUAUAUUUUUUUUAGAUAUA